CUUGGGUGCGCGCGCGGAGCAGGGUGAGCAGGUGCGCGUGCACGGCCCCGGGUGCGCGCGGAGCCGUCCAAGGCGGGAAGGGCGGUGCGCGGGCGCGGAAGGGGGCGCUCGGAGCCCCCGCGCCCCCACAGCGGCGUCUGUCUCCGGCGCCCCGCCCCUGUCCCGGGGGUGUAGCCACCGCAGGCCGCGUGGGGGGGAGCCAAGGUGCGUGACAGCGCGGCCCCCACACUCCAGAGCGACUUGAUGUCACAGACAUUCCCAGCCCCGUCCCCAAGUCUGCGGGGAGGACAGCUAGUCACGCUCCGGGAGGGGCCGCUGAGACCCCCGGACUCCGGCCAUCGGUCUUCGCGGAGGACACCUGUGCCAGGGCCCUCCCCAGGCCCAACCCCGGAUUUCAGCUGGAUGGCGGCCCCCACCCUGCAUCCCUGAGGGCCUGUGUCUCCACCCAGUCAUGUCGAACCUGACGGCUGCCAACACCUCGUGCACCAUUGACCACAGCAUCCACCAGACGGUGGCUCCCGUGGUGUAUGCAGCCGUGCUGCUCGUGGGCCUCCCUGCCAAUUGCCUGGCACUCUACUUCGGGCUCCUGCAGGUGCGGGCACGCAAUGAGCUGGGCGUGUACCUGUGCAACCUGACAUUGGCUGACCUGGCCUACAUCUGCUCCCUGCCCUUCUGGCUGCAGUAUGUGCUGCGCCAUGACGACUGGGCCCUGGGCGAGCUGUCGUGCCGCGUGUGCGGGGCGCUGCUUUAUGAGAACAUCUACAUCAGCGUGGGCUUCCUCUGCUGCAUUUCCAUCGACCGCUACCUGGCUGUGGCCCACCCUUUCCGCUUCCACCAGCUCCGCAGCCUCAAGGCUGCCCUGGCUGUCAGCCUGCUCAUCUGGGCCAAGGAGCUGCUGGUCAGCGUCUACUUCCUGCGCCACCAGGAGGUGGAGGAGGAUCCUGACCGGCACCGUCUGUGCUUCGAGCACUACCCGCUCCGGCCUUGGCAGCGCCGUGUCAACUACUACCGCCUCCUGGUGGGCUUCCUCUUCCCCAUCUUCUUGCUGCUGGCCUCCUACCGGGGCAUCUUGAGGGCUGUGCGGCGCAGCCCGGGCACCCAGCAGAGCCGCAAGGCUCAGGUGCAGCGGCUGGUGCUGAGCACGGUGCUCAUCUUCCUGGCCUGCUUCCUGCCCUACCACCUGCUGCUGCUGGUGCGCAGCGUCUGGGAGUCCAGCUGCACCUUCGCCCGCAGCGUCGCCAAGGCCUACCACCUCUCACUGCUGCUCACCACCUUCAACUGUGUGGCUGACCCCGUGCUCUACUGUUUCGUCAGUGAGGCCACUCACCGAGACCUGGGCCGCCUCCACGCCGCCUGCCGGGCCCUGUUGGCUUGUGCCAGGACUCGCCGGGCCCGCCAGGCCUUCCCACUGGCCACCCCUGAGACCCCCCAGAGGAGUGAGGAGCCCGAGCUGCUCACCAGGCUGCACUCAGCCUUCCAGGCCCCAGGCCCACAUGGGGGGCGCAGUGAGGCCUGAGCCAGUUGGACCCUGUAGCCAGGGAGCCCACUGGGGCCUGGAGAGUGGGGGGAGGGGCCCCCUGAUGGCUCAUGGCUGUCACCGCUGCCAGUAGGGAAGAAGAGUCAGCUGUCACCUCCUGGAGGUCUUCAGAGGACUUGCGGCAAAGAGGCAGAGUGAGAGGGUGUAGGGGAUGCAGACGGGAGGGGAGGGUGGGCACCUAUUGGGGGCUCCCUCUUGAUACCCUGGUUGUCACAGAUGGAAUCUGUCAGGGGCCCCGCCAGAGUGAUCUUAGGAGGUGACGCUGAUGUUGUCGCUCACACUUGAGGCCCACCGCCUCAAGGAGGGAGAAGGAAGCUGAGCCGGGACAGGAGAACAGAGGGGGAGAAGGAAGCACUGCUCACCUGCCACAUGCCCUGCCUCACUCACUUGGAGAGUGACAGCAAACGCCGGUGGGACGUAUGUAGCUGGAUUGUUGGCAGCAAGGUUAGCAGCCACUUUGACUGCCAUUUUGUUUGGUCCUGGAAGGCUGGGGCCAGGGCUCAUCUCUCCUGCAACCUUGUGCCUGGUCACAUUGCACCCUGCCCUGGUGAACCAGAACCAGAAGAGCUCCUGGCUGCUCCAGGAGUCGGAAGGCCUGGCUGGAGGGUUGGAGCCAGCUCUGCCUUCUUUCCCUGACCUAGGAUCUCAGCUCCUCACAACUAAGCUGCUAGUUGGGUUCAAGUCUGAGGAGUGAUCAGUGGUGUGGAGGGAGAACCUGGCAGUUGCAGGAUAUUUCUGGAAUUUGCUCAAAGGAGGGCCAGGGAGGAGUUCUUCCUCUAUCAUCCUUUCCCCUCUCUUCUCUCCUAAGAGGUAGAUCUACCCUCAACUCUCUUGACCAUUCCAUUAGGGGUGUCCAGAGGCAGAUAUCCCAGGCUGGAUAUGCUGCAGGGGAGUGUGGUUACUGGGGUGCCAGGGCUACACUUGACCAGACCUGGGCAGCCUCUGCUCCAGCUCCUCCUGGAGCACCUUUGAUCACUUGGGGGAGAUUCUCUUUCCCAUUCUCAUGGAGGAAAAAUCAGGUCCGAAGGUGGAAGAAAUGGCCACAAAGCCCAGAGUCUACCCAGCCCAGCCCAGCCCAGCCCAGCCCAGCCCAGCCCAGCCCAGCCCAGCCCAGCCCAGCCUAGCCCAGCCCAGCCCAGCCCAGCAUUUUACUGGAACAGCAGGACUGGCCAUACCGUCUAUGAGUCCUCAUUGCACUGCAUUCCCUUCUCUUUUCACUGUAACCAUGGGUGUGCCCUGGCCUGGGAAGAUUUAUUUAUUUAUUUUUGUACUGUCUCCUGAGCAGUAUGUGUGUUGGGCAGUGCUGCGGAGUUCUAUAACCAACUUGAGUCUGCAAAUAAAGCAAAGUAACCAACCACA